CAGAUCGGGGGUGAGCUAUCGCCGCCGGGUCGUCCGAAGGUCGCAGCCCAAGAUGAUGUGGAUUAUGCACGGUUAUGCGCCGCCUCCGUCGUCGGCGCAAUGGGCGAUGUCGCUCGUCAGCGGCUUGGUGUUGGGCGUGUUUGGGUUUCGCUGUGGAGAGGGAGAGGCGAUGCCAGGCGAAGUGCGGUACUUUUCGUCUUGGACAACAAGUAA